UUUGAGCUUGCCCGGCGGGAUUCCUCAAGAGAUGGGGGGGAUGUUGAAAUGGGGAUGCAUCAGCCCGACGCCUCUGAUAAUUUAAAUGGCUUCUUCAAGAAGGUUGAAGGAAUUGAGAUCCUAGUAGCUAAGCUGACGAGUCUAUUGACUAAACUCCAGACUGCAAAUGAGGAAUCAAAAGCAGUUACAAAAGCAAGCGCCAUGAAAGCAAUUAAGAAGCAAAUGGAGAAAGAUAUUGAUGCAGUGAUGAAAAUUGCUCGUAUGGCAAAAACAAAAAUUGAUGAACUGGAAAAAGAUAACUUAUCUAACACGAAGAAACCUGGACGCGGGAAGGGCUCUGCGGUAGAUCAAUUAAGGGAACAGACUACUGGAGCAGUGAAAAAGAAGUUAAAGAAAUGGAUGGACGGUUUUCAGGUAUUGAGAGAAUCAAUCCGGCAGGAGUACCGGGAAGUUGUUGAAAGAAGGGUAUUUACUGUAACUGGUAAUCGCCCUGAUGAACAGACAAUUGACAAUUUAAUCGAGACAGGGAGAAGCGAGCAAAUUUUCAAAGAUGCGGUUCAACAGCAGGGGAGAGGCCAGAUAUUGGAUACUGUUGCUGAGAUACAGGAGCGGCAUGAUGCUGUAAGAGAUCUAGAGAGGAAGCUUCUAGAGUUGCAGCAGAUAUUCCUGGAUAUGGCAGUAUUGGUUGUGGCCCAAGGAGAGAUGACAGAUGACAUAGUGACACAUGUUUCAAAGGGUACUGACUACAUGCAGCAAGGUUUGGAUGCUCUCGAGAAGGCAAAGAAGCUACAGAAGAACUCGAGAAUGUGCAUGUGCUCCGCCAUACUCGUUCUCCUGCUGAUAGUGGUUAUCGUCGUGCUCACAGUUAUCCAGCCAGGGAAGAAGUAACUCUUGAGCACGACUUGAAACCCAACAUCUCGGCGCGGCAGAAUAUAUAUAUCGUGGUUACUGUUUUUUUUUCCUGUUUACAAUAAGAGAGCAUCCAUCUAGUAUGAGUUCUCAGUUUGUAUGGCCAGGUCCUGUAUCUGGAAGAGUUUCUUUUGAAUGACG